GGCAGUGAGGGGAAGAGGGAUGGAAAGUGUUUUUGUCAAAUUGUCAGAGUUAAAGAGCCCCAAGACACAAAGCAAAAAAAAAAAAAUUGCACCAUGAAAUGCUGACCAGUAUGGCAAAUGGUCAGAUGAUCAGAAGACAGUAAUGGCACAAAACAAAAGCCUAACAGCACAAUGUACUGUUGGAGAUUUGUCUUUCAGACAUAUUGAGAAUACGUGCAUUUAUUGUGACUAUCAGCAGGGUGAAUGUAUUUCACUGGAGCGUGGGGCUAGCGUGGGGCUAGUGCAUUAAAUAAAAAGAUUUAAAGUCAGCUAGAGAUGAUUCUACUCAAAACAGGAGAAACCAAAGACAGUGUUCAGUCACAGAGGAAGUUGCGUUCACCACAGCUGCUGAAACUUACAGGAAGGAAGAGCGUCUCUACUCACAGAGUCCUCCGCCGCUGUCUCUCUCUCUCUCUCUCUCUCUCUCUCUCUCCGCUCUCUCUCUCUCUCUUUCCCACCUUUCACAACGAUACGGCGCUCGACUUCUCACCUCCGCAAUUAGCAAAGGGGCCCAACCCCUUUCACGUGUUUUUGGCGAGCGAAGCUGAUUCAUUUUUUAGGUGUUCCUCUCGCACCCUGUCCUGCCGCAGUGCUGUCGCAGUCGCUCUCGGAGUCCUCCUUUCCUUUCUUCUGUCUUCGAGUGGCACUCUAGCGCAAAAAAGAAAAAGAAAAACUGGGCCGCUGAACUCGCUCUAGCUUCUGACCUUGUGUCACCUCCCUGUCUCUCUUACCUUCUCUCUCUGCAGCGGAUGCUUUUGGACGGGUCGACUGAGACGCCCCUACUUUGGACUGGGGGGAGGGGGGAGGAGGGGGGCAGAUGGUCCUCAGCACUUGGAGGGCUGUGCCACAGGAUUGAGGCUUCCAGUGCUGAUCUGAGGAGAUCAGGCUGCGCAGAACGAGGGAGGGGUUGCCUUUGCCGGGCUGAGGGGAGCGGUGCUUUUUUUAGGGAAGAGGGCCCGUCCGUACCGAGCUGAGAGGUUAGCCGGAACUCUGGAGACAUGGGAUGCUGCAGCGUGACCCAGCGGCACACCGGGACUGAUGAGGUGGGACCGGAAGAGAUCGAGCUCCUGCAGAUAGACAACCAUGGGGUGUGGAGCCUGGGAGAGCUGAGGCUGCAGCAGUCUCAGAAGAGCAGGUCGGAGGAGGACCAGCGGCACCGCCACUCGUCUGCACGGCAGCCUUCACCGGAGCCACAGGAUGCAGAUCCCGUUCCUGCAGAAGUGACACAAUGUCGCAAUUCACAGGCUGUGCUCUGGGGCAGAUCGAGGGAGCACCUGCACCAGCGAAUCUACUUUGAGCCAAUCAGAGCCUGGGAGGGGCAGCCAGCGUACGCGUACGGAGAGAUCCUCUGGUCUUCCCUGGUGCAGAUCCACAGCCACUACACAAAGGAGAACAAUGAAAGAUACAUGGUACUGUUUUCCUUCCAUCUUCUGAUGCUGGCCCUGGAUGCCUCCAGCCGUGAGUUUAUCUAUGAGGGUGUCCUGCCACUCUCAGGACUGUCGGUGCGAGCGAUAUCACAGGACGGAAGCACCCCCAACAGGUUCGAGAUCACCGGUCCCAUGGUGGACUCCAAGAUGGUGGUCUGUGCCAGCCCGGCAGACAUGAGGAGGUGGGUGGACAGCAUCCAGGAGAGGAGACGGAAGGCCGUGACGCAGCAGCUGAACACCUCUCACAGCGUGCUGUCCUACCUGGUGCCGUGUGACGAGGGCUGGAAGAAGGAGGAGCUGAAGAGGCACCUGCUGCGCGCCCCCAUCUGGCAGUGGGAGGGCACCCCCAUCCAGCACAUGGGCCCAAUCAGCCACCUGUCCCUGGUCCGCACAGUCAACUCUCAGAGAGAGGGGUCCAGAGAACGUCUGCUGGUGCUGUUCCCUCACGACCUCCUCCUCCUGUCCGUUGACGCUCAGUGCAGCUCUGUGACGUAUGAGGGUCGACUGGCACGAAACGGCAUCAAAGCCCGGGAGCGGAUGUCUGGCAGACUGGAGUUUGAGCUGACAGGUGACCUCAUGGAGCCUCUGCUGGUGUCAUGCACCUGUCCUGGAGACUACGACAGCUGGAUUUUCCACCUGCAGCAGCCGGAGAAGGAUUCCAGGCCUGUCUCAAACCAGCCUGCCCCACCUCUCAUGCCCAAGAAAUCACAGAAACGAACGAACGCCUCGCAGGUCCCCGUGUGAGCGACGCCCAGGCAAGCAGCCGCCCCCCCCCCGCAGCCUGGACGAGCCUGUCAGCCACGGCUCGCCGCUACGCCGCUGAGGGCGCAGUUAAAGAAGGGGAUUCUGGGUAAUCCUCCGCGUAGCCGCCCCGCUGCCACGCGUUGCCGAUCCCAUAGCGUUCCAGACCAAGGAAAAGGAAAAGAAUACUGCCGCUGGUGCCCAGCGCUGGAUGGAGUUAACAGACCUGAUCGAGUACACGGACUGAGACUGCGCACACACAGGCUCAGUUCAGACAAACUCAACGAGCAUCAGCGUGAUUAAAGGGGAGGGCUUGUGACGGGUGUGCGCUGGUGAGCGGCGUUGCCGCGGCUUACCGUAGCCCCCUGCCACGCGCGAAUGGGGAACGACCUGGUCACCGUGGUGACGGCGUGAAAGCCACUCCAGCCUUGCACGCUCGGCUCGAAGACUUGCGGCGGUGUACCCCCCGGCUCUGACAGGACUCUUCUUCAGAGAGCAGAGCGUCACCAGCACAAUUCAGGACUUUCCCCCUCUUGCUGCAAAGCGAGAGAAAAAAAGGUUAAGCAGGGAUUAUUUACAUGGAAUGGCCCAAUGACUUAGAAUGUACAACCCAAAUAAUGUUAGGGGUAGACCUGUGCGCCUGAAUGAGUCGCUGCAUAAGAAAGUGUCACGUCUCGAACAAGAUACAUCUGCCAUUCAGAAUCAGAUGGUUUCAAAAUGCAUUUUUGUGUAGUCACACAAAAAAUACCUCAGCACAAUUUUAAAAUACCCCAGGGAGUUUCCUUUCACAAAAUAAAAAAAACAAAAACAAAUUGCCAUGGCUUUGUUUAAAAAACCGAAA